CCCACGGAGCACGGCUGGCAUAUUCGUGUUGAUACCUCGUCGGGGAUGCCCAACAUGCUGCUGUCCCUGGUCAAUGUCAUUGUCACCUUGUGGGUCUCCUGGGCUCAUGGACAAGAAACAACCUGCGAUCCUCCAGCUAUUGCCAAUGGUGUCUACGCACGUCUCAAGACCAAAUACAGACUGGAAGAUGUAAUCACUUACAGCUGUGACCAUGGCCUUUAUCCCUCCUCCCACGGAAAUACAACAAAAUGCACUAAAGGAGGCUGGGCACCUCCUCCCAGAUGUAGCUUAAAACCAUGUGAGUUUCCAGACAUAAAGCAUGGAGUUCUCUAUGCAGAAAGCACAUACAGAUCAUACUUCCCAGCUCCUCUGAAACAGUGGUUUUACUACUCCUGCGAUGACAACUAUUUGCCACCUACAAAAACCUACUGGGGUUAUAUCACUUGCACACCAGAGGGAUGGACACCUAAAGUGCCGUGUGUCCGAAAAUGUGUGGUCAAUAAUUUGGAGCAUGGACAUUCUGCAAGCAAGGGAAAGACAUAUUUACAGGGUGAAACUGUGGAACCCCUCUGCAAUCCUGGUUACAGCCAUGGAAGCCCACAGAGCAUGCUCACAUGUACAGAGACCGGUUGGACUCCCAGUCAGGCCACAUGCCUGGAACAUUGUGACAUGCCUCUGUUUGAGAAUGCCACAGCCAUCAUCACUGGAAAAGCAUUUAGGCCCAAUGACACGCUGGACUACCAGUGCCUGGAUGGGUACGAAACCAGAGAUGGACUCACCUCAGGCACCAUGGUGUGUGGGGAGGACGGCUGGUCACACUUGCCAAGCUGCUUCAAAUCUGCAGAAAAGUGCGGGCCUCCUCCAGCUGUUGGCAAUGGAGACAUCACCUCCUUCCCACUGGCUGCCUACCCUCCGGGGUCAACAGUUGAAUACCAAUGUCAGGCCUACUUUGAACUUCAGGGUCCUAAAUACGUAACCUGCAGUGAUGCUAACUGGUCUGAACCCCCAAGGUGUCUCUCAACAUCGGUGCUCCUGACCCUGGAAGUGGCAGCACUGGAGAUCCACUGCACACCCACAAGUCAGAGUCGUCUAGAAAUAGCUCCAAACUAG